AUGGCCAACGCAAUUUUGUCUGACAUGGGCUUUGGUGAGUUCUUUUCUGUUCCCCUGGCAAAUGCAGAAAAUGAAGCACUGGAGAAUGAGCUUCAUAUGAAACGAAAAGAAAAAAUCACCUUGGAGAACAAAAUCAGCGAACACAAAGAUGCAAUUCACGCGGUAUCAAACUUUAUGAAAAAUCUUAAACAGGAGCUAUCGCACACCAGGGCGCUCUAUAGCGCUGUGGAGAAGGAAACAGAGUCGGAGCAGCAUUUCAAAAUCCUCGCAGACAGAGAGAGGGGCUGUUUACAGCAGGAGAUCACUCAUCUGGAGAAGGAGCUGGAGGUGCUAACGGAAAAGAAGAAGGCACUGGAGAAUGAAAUCCUAAAAGCUGGGCAAAAGAUGGAGAAGCUGAAGAGCCAGCUGAACUGGGAUCAGCAGACAUUGGACGCAUGGCUGGAGGAGUCGGCUCAAGAAGAUGAGGACACCAUGGUGCUCAUUAAAUACAGCCAACAGGAUGAGGCCAGGAUAAAAGAGCUCACAGUUAACAUUGAGAGGACGACCCUUGAGGUCAGCCAGAAACGAAAGGCCUUGGACAUGGAGUGGACCAAGACAAUGACGUUACAGGUGGAGCUGGAUAGGGCUGCAGAGAAUUUCCGUCGAGCCCACAGUGAGCGGCAGGAGCUGAUUCGUCGAUGGGAAAACACCAUUGAACAGAUGUGCAAGAGGGAUCAUGAGCUGGAGGAGUGUAUGCUGGCGCUCCCCUUGUGGAAUCAGGAAGUCAGGAUGAGGCAGAGUGUGAUCAGUGAGAAGAUGACCCUGCUGGAAAGCCAGGAGAGCAACAAUCAGGAGUGCAAGAGAAGGCUCAUAAGGGCUGAGCAGCUGGCAGACAAACUUAGGAUGGAGUUUAAAGACAAGGAGGGCUAUUAUUUGCAGCUGCAGCAGGAGUUUGAUAGCUUGAAGAACACUGUGGAGCUGGGUGCCACUCGUGUAGAAGCUGCAAGGUCCCAGCUGACCAACCUGACCAAUGAAACUAAAGACAAGCGUUACAAGGUGAAAUGUAUCAGGCACCAGAAUGCAGCUCUCGAGGCAAAGCUGAAGCGUGUGACGGAGAUGGCCAUCAGCGUGGAGGAGAGGGCAGCCGAGAUGGAGCAGAUGCUGAAUGAGGCCGAGAUGACCAAUGACGAGGAGGAGUCUAUGAUGGCCCAGAAGCACAAAUUGCUGUGCCGGAACAAGAUGGAGCUCCAGGAGCUGAAAUCCCAGGAGGAGGACGCCAUGGCCAAGUUGUUCAGGGGUCAAGCUGCCCUCAGCAGCUUCAACAGCCACCACGGCAAACUGGAGCAGGAGUGCAUGAAAAAACAGGAGCUGCUUAACAGCAACGAGUUCCAGAUCAAGCUCCUAAAGAAAAGGCUGCUGCGUCUGAAGGGAGAGCUGCAAACGGAGCAGGACCAGGUCCUGAAAGAGAAGGCCUGUGAGCUGACCAAGACCCUCGAUGAGCGGAGGAGGGCCCGCAAUAUGCUGGCACAGCAGCUGAGAAAGCUCCAGGUGGAGAGCCGCGGUGUGAGGAAAGGUGUGGAGAAAAGUCGGGUUGAGAGGCGAGAGCUAAAGACUAAGAUGAUGGAGACGGAGCUCUUCAACGAAACCUUGGGCAAGGAGCUGAAGAAGCUCAUCGUCAAAAUACAGGACACCAUGGUGGAGGAAAACCUCCUGAAGUUGGAUGUGAAACGGGUAAGAGAAAGGCUGCAGAAGGAGAUGGAUAGGAUUGUCUCAUUGGAGAAAGAAAGGAAGCAGAUGGAGACAUCCAUGAAAGAGAAGGAGAUGGAGAUCAACUUCAAUAGAGACUUGCUCCAGGCACAGAUCAGGAUCGCCAACCAAGAAAAUCAAAGUCUCAGUGCGGAAAUGAACGAGAAGCUUUGCAAAUUGGAAAAGAUGCGGAAGAAGUGUGAGAGCAUUACACUUCCCGUGAUUUCCUCUGAAAGAGAAGGGGGGAAAUCACUGGAGUAUUAUAUGAUCCAGGCUGCGCAGGAGAGAGAGGAACUCAAAAGCAAAGCCGACGAACUGGACAAAAAGGUCUGUAAGAAGCAGACAGAGAUCGAGGCACUGGAAAACACCCUGCAUGCCAUCAGAUGCAAAACGGAACAGCAGAAGGCAUCCUCUGAGGUCACCGAGUCGAUGGAGGAAUAUCAGGAGCAGCUGAAGCUUGAGGAGCAGGGGAGAACUGCACAGGAGCUGUACAGCUACAAGAUGAGGCAGAUCAGAGAGCUCCAACAGGAUAUUGAGGCCAAGAACAAUGCUCUAGAUAACCUACAUCAAGAGGAAAGCGAACAGAAGGAGAAGAGUUUUGAAACACAGUCACAAAUCAUAUCCUUGAACAAAGAAGUGGACUCCCAGAAGGACAAGCUGGACAGGGUAACCAAACAGUGCACCAGACUAUCCGCAGAGAUUCGGUCGGCUAAAAAGACCAAAAAGAAGACCAAAGAGGAGUAUGACAUAGACCUCUGUGAGCUGAGAGACUUCAACAAGAUGGUGGAUAGGAUGCUAUUGGAAGCCAUGGAUGACGACUCAGCCCUGAAACCAGUCCUGCAGGCACACUUCGAGGAGAAAAACCUGCAGCUGCCAGUAUCAGUGUUCCCAACAGCCAGCUGUCUCAGCCCUCCUCACAGAACUGCUCGUCCUGUUCGGUCUCCCAGCUCUUCCUGUAGCACCAGCACCAGAACCAUCCCCAGGGCUCAUUCGCCCAUAACACGAGCAGUCAAACCAAUCAGCCGCCUAAGCUCUGCUCGCAGCUCUGUCUCCUCUGUCAGGUCAGCCAGCUCUCAGCGCAGUGGCAGCCCCAAACCUUCGCCGGUGAAGACUGUGGAUCUGGGACUCCAGCUCACGGUGACCAGCGCCCUGUCUGUCAAGUCACCGCGGGAACCCAGGGCAGAGGACGCCACCGCCAACAAGAGCACCCAGACUCAGAAGCCCUAA